AUGGGAAGUUCAUAUUUGUCAGAUGUUGAUAAGCUGGAGAAUGUUCUACAUGGUGAAGCGAUUGGUAAAGAAGAUGAUGGUUUGUAUAUACUGAAAGGAAGAGGAAUCAGACUUUUAGCAGCUAAUGUGGAUGUGAGAGGUUCAAGUGGUGAAACCGAAUGCUUGUGGCAUGAGAGAUUAGGCCAUGCUUAUGUUCCUGUUAUGCAGCACUUUAAGAAUGAAACUAUUGUUUUCCUGAAGCAAUUUGUUUACAUGGUUAAAACACAGUUUGACACUUCUGUCAAGGUCUUGAGAACAAACAACGAUAAGGAAUUUUUCAACACACAGUGGAAUGAGUUCUUUUUGGAGAAUGAAUUUCCAUUUAGGAAACUAGAACAACAGCAUCUAUUCACACUAAAUGAUUUUGGUGCUAGUUUUUUGGAGACAGAAUUGCAGGUUCAAACAGGUGGACUACCAGAGGUGACCAAUUCACCAGUAGAGGGAGGCAAUAAUGGAGAUCAUGAUGCAGCACCACCAGUAGAAGAUUUGGAAGAAUCAUUGGUACCAAAUGAAUAUCAUGAUGUUGCACUACCAGAACAGGAGACAGAAACAGAUGGAUCUCCAUAUACAUAUGGUGUACUGAACAAUGUUGAAGAUAUGCCUGCUGAUUCACCUAUUCAAGGUAUACAAGAUGGUGUCACCGAAGAUGCUCAGGAUGUGCAAGAUGCACCUAUGACUGAGUCUGGUUCUAAUGCACCAACUAGACAGUCACUCAGGAUAAAAAAUUCACCUAUAUGGCAAAGGGACUAUGUACUGCAGCCACAAAAGUCCUCAAAAUACAACUAUCCAAUCUCAAACUUUUUGUCUUAUGAGAAGAUGUCCUCAAAGUACAGAAGUUAUGUGUCAGUUUUUUCAGUCCUGAAGGAGCCUUAUAACUUCAAGGAAGCUAUAAAGAAUGAGAGAUGGAUCACAGCCAUGAAACAUGAGAUACAAGCAUUAGAAGAUAAUAAGACUUGGGAGGUCGUUGACUUACCACCAGACAAAACUUCCAUUGGGUUCAAGAGACCUAUUUCAAUAAGUCUACAUGAAUCUGCCACAAGGUUUCCAAAGGCAGGGGAAGCAAAAGGUUUCAUACAGAGUACUCAUGACUAUUCUAUGUUCACCAAGAAGUCAGGCAAGGAUAUUUUCAUCAUUCUCAUCCAUGUUGAUGACUUGCUACUGACUAAAAGCAAUAAGGACUUGAUUGAUGAAGCUAAGGCAGCUCUGUAUCAACAAUUUAAACUCAAAGACCUAGGAGAAUUGAGGUAUUUCUUAGGCAUUGAGCUUUUCCGAAUGACAAAGAGGUCUGUUAGUGGAUAUGCAGUUAAACUUGGUGAUUCCUUGAUUUCAUGGAAAUCAAAGAAGCAACACACUGUUUCACGAAGCAGUGCUGAAGCAGAGUAUCGCAGCAUAGCAUCAGCAGUUUCACAAAUAGUGUGGUUGUUGGGGCUGUUCUCAGAGUUGGGAGUGUGUAUUCUUAAGCCUGUCACAUUAUUCUGUGAUAGCAAAGCAGCGAUGCAAAUAGCUACAAAUCCUAUAUUCCAUGAGCGAACCAAACACAUAGAGAUAGACUGUCAUUUUGUUUGUGAACGUAUCAAGGAUGAUGUCUUGGUUACUCAAUAUGUUUCUACUAAAGAUCAACAUGCAGAUCUCUUCACCAAAGGGUUAUCAUCUGUACAACAUCGGUUCUUACUACACAAGCUGAGAGUGUUGAACAUUCUCCACCCUCGAGCUUGA